CCUUCUUCAAUUAACGUUGAAUAUUCAGUUCGGGAUCUGAAAUCACAAAGAUGGCUGGGUGCAGUUACUCCGGAGAAAACCAGGAUGGAAAUGAAGCCGUGGGCAUAAGCAUGGAAGCCGUGGACAGAAGCCGCCGUAGAUCCCCUAUGAGAGAGUCCAAAUUCUGCAUUUUCCGGAUACCCCCGAGCUUCGUGGACGACAACAUCCGGGCUUAUGAACCUAACAUAGUCUCAAUCGGUCCAUACCACCACGGGAAGCCGCAUCUGCAGAUGAUGCAGCGGCACAAGGAGCGCGUUUUGGAGAGUUUGGUAGCGCGGACCAACGGUCUGGUUUUGCAGGACUUCUUUAACAUUGUCAAAGAGUAUGAAAGUUUCGUUAGAGGAUGCUAUUCCGAGGAUAUCCCUUUCAACAGCGACAGGUUUGUAGCAAUGUUAGUCAUUGAUGGUUGCUUUGUCCUGGAAAUUUUUCGGAAAAUUGCAGGGGAGGUUCCCUUGGAGGAGGACGAUCCAUUCCUCAUGCCAGGGUUAUUCAACAGGCUUGUUGAGGACUUGAUCAGCCUUGAAAACCAAAUUCCCUUGGAGGUGCUCCGAGCCUUGUACUCCCUUAUUAUUUCAGUGCGCGACGACGAAGCUGGCAGCGAUGAUCCUGUACCAAAGGAACAAAACAGCGAAUCGUUACUCACCAAGGCCCUCUUCUUCUUCGAAGAAUCGUCAUUUGAAUUACCCGAAGGUAUUUGGUGUGAGCACAUACACUUAGUGUGCGGGCGACAUUUACUGGGUAUGCUCUGGAAAUGCUAUUUGCCGCAGGGUGACCUCUACCUGAGAAGGCCGGGAUCUGGGUGCCGCGUAAUAAUCGAUUACGUCUCGAAGCUGUAUAGAGCCGGAAUCGAGCAGCUGAUGUGCCGCGGAAAAGAAGACCCCCCUGCCCGCAAACUGAAAUCUGCUGGGAGACGCGUAAUCCACUGCAUUUCCAAGCUUCGUGGAGCCGGAAUCAAGGUCAAGUGCGGCAGCACAACAGACAGUUUCUUAAACAUCAGAUUCCACCGGGGAGUGAUCCAGAUGCCUCCCAUCAAACUGGACUACUUAAUGUGCGCCUUCUUGCGGAAUUGCGUGGCGUACGAGCAAUGCCAAUCGGUGGAAUCCAGGUAUAUGACAACAUACGUUGCAUUUUUGGACUGCCUCAUAGACUCGUACAAGGACGUGGAAUAUUUGUGUGCCUCCAACGUGUUCGACAAUUAUUUCGGGAAGGAAGCUGAGGUGGCGACCUUUGUGAAUAAGAUAGGGAAGAAUGUGAUGCGCGGUGUCCAUGGACCUACUUACAUGUCGCAACAGUUUGAUGAUGUAGGCAAGUAUUACAGGAAAUACACCACCACGUGGCACCGCUGGCACUUGCAUUGGGCGACCUUCAAGACCACCUACUUUGACUCCCCAUGGUCCUUCAUCUCUGCAGCGACCGCCUUUGUUCUCCUCUUUCUCACCAUUGUUCAGACCAUUUACGCCGUUCUGUCUUAUCAUCAUGCAGGAAACUGUCCAGGAGUUACUGGCAUUUCAAUACCCAGAAGUACCUCCUUGUCGUUUGAAAUAUGUCUUGCUGCCCUCAACCUGUUCUGCCAAGCUCCUGGGUUAUCAGGUGGUUUAUUCAGCGUGACUUGCUUGUUUCCAUCAGCAACCGGAACGGUUUCCUUUGCAGCAGGUUUCCCCAACUGUCCAGCCCCUUUCUCUGGCAGAACCUGCACAUCAGCUCGCCCUUGCACAACAGAAUGAAGGGUAGAAAAAUCUUCAUCAGUAUCUUCCAGUAUGGCGAACCUUCAUCACUUGAAAUGUCUUGCAGAAAUUUGUUAGAUUUAAAUUUGUUUCCCUUUUUUUUUUUUAAUUUUUUAUUCAUUUGUUUCCCAAAACAACAUAGGGCCCGCUUCAUGUGAAAGCAAGCCACAUGCAGUUUCAUUACUCUCGGAGUAAUCAGUCCUUAGUUCUUUAAAACACAAAUUACAAUCAUUGUUAUUCCAAAU